AUGGCGACGCAGAGAGAACAAGAUGCCGCUGAUUAUCUGAAAAAACAUAAAGUAAUCGAGCUCAUGGACAAUCUGACCAGUAUGCUCUUCUUUUACAGACCCGAAAAACCCAGAGAGUUUCUUAUAGAGCAGCUGGAACAGCUGAAGAAUUCCAAACAAGGUGGCGUGAAAGGGCCAAAUAUGUUUGACGACUCCAACUUGGACGCAGUCUUCGGAAUACUGGAUCCCACUAAUCAAAACUACAUCACUUUUGAACAAUACAAGCAGGACUACAGGGCCUGCAGAGAUGCUCAGGAACUUAUGGACACCUUUAGCUUCAGCUGA